AUGAAGACUGACGAGAUCGUCAGAGCAGUGGCCGUGGGCAUCUUCUGUCUCGUCCAGUCAGCGGACAACAUCAGGGUCCUGAACUUUAAUCCUGACGGUCGCCAGAGAGGCGACACUUGGAUUCGGUACAACGUGACGGUGGACUUACCUCGGGAUUACACCCUGUGCGUCCACUUCAACAUCAAAGUCUUCAGGAUUCUCACGGCCGUCAUAUACCUCUUCAACGCCAGAGAUCAAGACGACGACCCGAUAUCCUUCGAGGUCUACUUCGAGAAGAUAAGGACGAAAUAUGGUGGCUAUGGACGAUUCUAUCCCCUGCCGAGCAACUUGGCCACCAACAAGUGGUAUCAUUACUGCCAGGUCCGUGACAUGAAAAACGGGGAGGGGAAGGUGUACCUAGAUGGCCAACUCAUCAUCCAGGACAAGGCCAAUUUCGAGACGAAGUUUGAGCCCAGAGAAAUCUUCAUAGGGCAAGAUGAAUACCAGCCGAGGAACUCCCUCAGCGGGAAACUCAGCCAAGUCAACGUCUGGGGCGAGGCUCUUUCUCCCGAGAUGAUAUCGCAGCUGGCGGAGUGCGAGAUCGACCAGGAAGGGAAUAUCGUCCGAUGGUCGGGCAUCUGGGAGCUUAACAACGUCGAACAAGAGGACAUCCCUUUCGAUGACCUCUGCAGAUCUGUUUCCCACGGCGCAGUGACGGUUCUCCUCCCUCUCCUGAAGUUCCAUGAGGCCGUCCGCGUCUGCAGGGGCGUCAAGGGACUCAUCGGCGUCCCUUGGAACACGAAGGAUGUGCAAAAGGAGUUGGCGUACUUCAAGAAUAACGAGGACUGCGAAAGGCAGUGGGCGGGCAUCACUGACGAGGAUCUGGAGGGCGUUUGGUAUGAACCUUUCACGGGCAAGUCCUACAACACAAGCGAGAUCUUCUUCCGACGGAACAACCCCGACGGCGACAAGUACCAGAACUGCAUCCGUAUGAACGAGAAGGGUCUGGAGGACACGGACUGCCAAGUACGAAGUUGCUCCGCCUGUCACACUGCCGCUGGAACGACCUGGACCCUGAGGGGAAUCUGCGAAGACGAGGAGAGAAUGUAUUACCUAGACCUGAUCCCUGACCCUCUGGCGUUCCGUGGAUACGGCGAGUACUUCAUAGAGCAGACCAAUGACAGCAAAUGGACUUGGUCUAACACCGUGACUAAUGUCACCAUAGCCACCCUCCACGCCAAGGAUCUCAACUACCCCAUUGGGAGACGCACCUGGGCAAUUCAGUCCGAGGUAUGCGGUGAAAGCAAAGGCGUACGCGAGCUGACGCUCUCGGCUUGCACCAAAUCGGAAUUCACCUGCACCGACGGUUCCUGUAUCCCUUUCAUCAAGAGAUGCGACCUAAAAUUCGACUGCGAGGACAAAACGGACGAGAGUUUCUGCCAAAUCGUCAACUUCCCCGAGGAUUAUAGGUCUAAGCUGCCUCCUAGACCAGCAUCCAACGAAGCCCUCGCCCUCAGCAUCAAUUUCACGAUGGACACACUGAACGUCGACACGCAGACUAUGAUGAUGUCCGCCAGCUACAACCUGCGAAUCACCUGGUUCGACAAUAGACUCACGUACAACAACCUCAAGGUGCUCACGAGACUGAACACACUAUCCUUGGAGCAAGUGGACAACCUCUGGCGACCCAAAAUCGGCUUCAUCAACACGGACGACAUCCAGAACACGGCCGUGGACCAAGACGCCGUGACGACGGUGCUCCGGCACCAUUCGCAGUACACCCCGGACCUCUCGAAUCCUUACGAGGUCGAGAUCUACCGAGGCGACACCAACCCUAUUUCGACGACGAGGAAGUACUUCACCAUCUACACCUGCAACUUCGACCUGGUCCUGUAUCCCUUCGAUAUCCAGAAAUGCGUCCUACAGCUUCAGAUCCUAUCGGCGUCGACGGAGUACCUCGUCUUCGACUCGACAGAUUCUUACGUCGAGUACCUGGGCCCCAGACACCUCGUCGAGUACGGAAUCGGCACCAUCAACCUCAGUGUGGAGAACUUCACCCAGUACAGCAUGCUCAAGGUCGAGGUCGAACUGGUGAGGCGCUAUGGCUACGCGAUGCUGAACAUCUACAUUCCGUCUUUUACUCUUUUGGUCAUCAGUUACAUCACGCUUUUCUUCCGGCCUUCCAUAUUUGAUGCUCGAGUCAUGACAGCCCUGACAUCCUUACUGGUCUUGGCCACGCUCUUCACACAAGUCUCCGCCUCCCUCCCUAAGACGUCCUACUUCAAGGUCGUCGACAUAUGGCUGCUCUUCUGCAUCCUGCUGAUCUUCGUCAUCAUCCUCUUCCACACGGUGAUCGACCUCAAGAUCGAGUACCCGGACGGGUGGGCGCCCUCAGAAGCCGUCGUGCCCAAUUUUCGCACCAGCAAGGACUCUGGAGUCGGAGGUAUCGACGCUGGGAAGAGAAUCGGAGGAUCCCCGAGCGUAAAGAAUGUCGUUACGACCGUUAAAGUCCACCCCGUCGAAGUAGACGGUUAUUUCGACGAGCCCGAGGGCAAGGGCGGCUUCGACUUCUUCAGGUUGAAGCUGCCUAGGCUCAGGAAUGACGCCGAUACGUAUAUCCUUGCCUCAAAGUGGAUCGUGACGAUUAUUUUCAUGGUUUUUAACUCGAUCUACUGGGGGACUUUAGCCCUAGGCUCAGGGUUGGUUUAUUACGUUUGAUAAACCAACGAGAUUCACGUUAGACCUACUAGGGGUCAGGUUUGCUUCACUAGGGAACGUUAGAUUAACCUAAGCUGAGGUUUGGUUUUAUUAUAAUGUGAUAAACCAACGAGAUUUACUACUAGGGAACAUUAGGCCUAGGCCCAGGUUUGACGUAAAUAAAGGUUUGACUAUGUAAAGGGUUCUGCUAUAGGCCUAAACACAAUGUAUACACAGGAAACCAUCUUAAUUAUCAUUAAAAUUAACAAU